CUACAAGAUGUGUGUGCGCGCAAUGAGGUGUCUGCAGUUCUAAUAAAGGAAAGCGCAGUGUCCUUCCCUGCCUCAUCAGAUGGCUUUGCGCUGCUUUGUCCGCCCGCCUGGUUUCUGUCAGUCCUUCGGUGGAGCGGGAUGGCUCGCCACCUCUGGAUCACCCGGAGAAGAAGUUCAGGAAGGAUCUUCUUCACACUUUUGUGACUUGUCUCAGCUCGAACUGCCUUUGAGGUUGCAUCCCUAAGCACCUGGGAAACAUUAGAAGAUAUUUGCUUGUUUAUCCGACAGUAAUUACACAAGACAGAGGGGGUGCGCGUGUAUGGUGUUGCCUACACCACUGGAAAUGCUGGGGUGUCCAGCGAGGUUAUUUCUGGAUCAGUGACAUUGUGUCCAUGGCUGCAGAUGCGUCGCACAGGAAGGCUCUGAGAUACCAGCAGACCCUGCUGUACGGUGAGUACAGGGAGCAGCUGGGAAGCUUUGCCCGACGGGAGGCCGCUCGUCUGCUGACAGAGAGACAAUGGAGAAGACAGGCAGUGGACGACACCACGGCCAGCAGCCACAGAGGCCAGGGCCGCCAGCUACAUCAUCAUCACCCUGUGACCUUGGAGUCGCAUCAGAGCCAUGCUUCCUCUGCCAAAAAGCCUCGUCCCUACUCCAAAUGCCAAGAUUGCUUGGCUCGAGUCCGGCGGUAUAUAGUGACAAAAAUGGGGGAAGACUGGAUUUUUUUGGUUCUUCUGGGGCUGACAAUGGCGCUGGUCAGCUGGAGUAUGGACUAUGCAAGUGCCAAGAGCCUGCAGGCCUAUAAGUGGAUACAUGGGGAGCUUAAGGGCAAUGUUGCCCUGCAGUACCUCGCCUGGGUUACGUAUCCCAUGAUCCUUGUUGUGUUUGCAUCACUCUUUUGCCAUCUGGUUUCACCACAGGCAAUUGGUUCAGGGAUCCCUGAGCUGAAAACCAUUCUGCGAGGUGUUGUCUUGAAAGAGUAUCUGACCCUCAAAGCCUUCAUAGCUAAGGUCAUUGGCCUAACUGCAGGCCUGGGCAGUGGGAUGCCAGUGGGGAAAGAGGGUCCAUUUGUCCAUAUUGCCAGUAUCUGUGCAGCAGUCCUGAGUAGGUUCAUGUCCAUCUUCUCUGGAGUUUAUGAGAACCCUUAUGGUUACACAGAUAUUCUGACUGUUGGCUGUGCCGUGGGGGUGGGAUGCUGUUUCGGCACUCCACUUGGAGGGGUGCUGUUCAGUAUUGAGGUCACGUCUACCUACUUUGCUGUGAGGAAUUACUGGCGGGGAUACUUUGCUGCCACGUUCAGCGCCUUCAUAUUCAGAGUGCUCUCGGUCUGGAACAAGGAUGCUGUCACAAUCACAGCUCUGUUCAAAACUAACUUCCGGAUGGAUUUCCCCUUUGACCUCCAGGAACUCCCUGCAUUUGCAGUCAUAGGGAUCUCGUGUGGCUUCCUUGGAGCGUUCUUUGUUUACCUGAACAGACAGGUGGUCCUCUUCAUGAGAAGACCCACGGCUCUGACCCGCUUUCUGACAAAACAUCGUUUAAUUUACCCAGGCGCAGUGACGCUGAUCAUCUCCACCUUCACGUUUCCUCCUGGGUUUGGACAGUUCAUGGCUGGAGAGCUGAUGCCCAGAGAGUGUAUCAACUCCCUCUUUGAUAAUUUCACCUGGACCAAAAUCUCAGAGUCCCCCGCUCCCCCCGGUCUCGGCCGUUCCUCUGCAUGGCUGCAUCCUCAUGUCAGCGUAUUUGUCAUCCUCCUCCUCUUUUUCAUUAUGAAGUUCUGGAUGUCAGCAGUUUCCACCACCAUGCCUAUUCCCUCAGGAGCUUUUAUGCCAGUGUUCAUAUUAGGAGCGGCUUUCGGCCGCCUCAUCGGGGAGAUCAUGGCCACCCUUUUUCCCAAUGGAAUACUUUUUGAUGGGAUCGUGUACCGCAUCCUGCCGGGGGGUUACGCCGUCAUAGGUGCGGCGGCGAUGACAGGCGCUGUCACACACACGGUUUCCACAGCAGUAAUCUGCUUUGAGCUGACGGGUCAAAUCUCACACAUAUUACCAAUGAUGGUGGCUGUUAUCUUAGCCAACAUGGUGGCCCAGGGCCUGCAGCCUUCCCUCUACGACUCCAUCAUCCAGGUGAAGAAGCUGCCGUACCUGCCUGAGCUGGCCCUCGGGCACAUUAGCAAGUACAACAUCUUUGUGGAGGACAUCAUGGUGCGCAAUGUGAAAUUCUUGUCUUCCCAAUCCACAUUUCGGGAAUUAAACCACCUGCUGGAGUCUACAAGCCUGAAAACCAUCCCUCUGGUCGACUCUAAAGAAUCCAUGAUUCUGCUCGGAUCGAUUGAGAGGACGGAGCUUCAGGCGCUUCUGGACUGGUGGCUUUCCCGAGAAAGGCGAGUCUUUGAAAGAGAGCAGAGUUCUCCGGGCCAAGCCUCCCCAGCUGCCUGGGAAUCCUUCACCUUUGUGGAUGAGGAGGUGGAGGAGGAUGCUGACAAGACCGCUGCUGCCGAGCAGGAGGAGUGUAACGGCCCCAUCCCGUCCCCCAAACCGCUGGAGCCUUCCACCAAUCACACAGAGUCCGACAAACGCAGGCUGCCGUCUGUCAGGAGGACUCUUCAGAGACUCUUUUCCUCCACGUCUUCGUCAGGCCAGAUCGAAACUCAGGAAUCAACGCCCCCUCCUCUGACUGACACCAUGUCCCCAGAGGAGAUCAAAGCCUGGGAGGAAGCAGAGCUGGAUAAACCAAUCGAUAUGGAGCAGAUCCGUGUGGAUCCCUCCCCGUUCCAGCUGGUGGAGAAAACAUCUCUGCACAAGACUCACACUCUGUUCUCCCUGCUGGGUCUCAGUCACGCCUAUGUCACCAGCAUCGGGAAGCUGGUGGGUGUUGUUGCGCUGAAAGAGCUACAGAAGGCCAUCGAGGGCUCCACCCGCAGCGGGGUGAGGCUCCGCCCCCCUCUGGCCAGCUUCAGAGAUGCCAGCCGGAAAGCCAAAAAGCACCAGCCUUCUUCAUCCACAGCCUCCUCACCGACCCGGGACAGAGACCUAUGGGGGGAGGGCAGCAGAAGGGAAGGGGACCUGAUGAGGAGGCAGUCCAGGGAUGAUUCCAAAGGGAAGACGCCAUAUUUCAGAGGAGGCGCUGGGUCUUCCGCUUCUCCAUCCCUCUGUGGCAGCUCGGGAGCUGAGAGGAUCACUCAGGAUGGAGCUUCCUCCUCCACCUCGACCCCUAACUCACCUUCCCCUCCCACUUCUCCUGUGAUACUCACCAGUCCAGUCAUCACGCUGUCGUCGCUGCAGGAGGAAAGGGAGAGUGAGGAGUCAGACGAGCCCAUAUGAAGGCCAGGAGUCUUAGGAAAAAACUUCUUCCUGUUUUUUUUUUUAUUUGACAGAGACAAAGCUGCAGUCUGGAUGAAGUCAGUUCAGCUCUCAGAGAGCCUCUGGAAACCUCUGGAAAUCUGGAUCGUUUUUUUCUACACUUUCUUUUUCACUUCUGAAAAAUCCGUUCACAUCACAUCUGUGAAAAUCUGUUCAUUUCAUCAGCAAUGAACUGGACGAUAAUGAAGAUUACAUUUAGAAAGACGCAGUUAUAUUGGCCUGAAGGUCGAACGGAUAAUCGUUUUUUGAAAUGAUUUUUUAUGACAUUAGAUUACAGUUAAAACUCUUUUUUUAAUUUUCAAAAUAAAAUCCCAAAACACCAUACUCGAACAUUUUCAUUUUUCAAAGCAAAAAAAAAAAAUCCUGCUUUCUACUUGGUGUGGUUGAACCCCCACCUCUAUGUCUUAAUGUGUUGGUACACCAACAAUCUUGAAUUAUUAAAGCAGGAAAAAAUACAUUGUUACUUAAAGGCUGCACUGUUGUGCAGCCAUCAAGUGCUUAUAUUUGAAUAGAAUGCUAAUUCUGUUAAUACAGUACUUUAUUUUUUAUUUUUUAACUCUUAUGGCCAUUUAGGAGUUCUAUUCUCUAUUUUUCAAAAACAUUUUCCAAUAAAAAGAACAUAGUCCAUCACCUGGUACUUGAAACCACUCCAUUGCAAAAAUGAAAUAAGCUUUUUCUACAUCUUAAAUUCUUGGUUCAUGGUUUUGCACUGGUCAAAGUUAUAUUUGAUAAAAUAUAAACUGUCAAUGUGAAUGAAACUUACAUAUAGCCUUUUUAAGUUUGUUCCUUUUUGUACAAGGACAUUGUCAAGAACAGUUUAAUUUAAUUGAUCUGUAUCAAGAUAUUCUACUGUCAUCAUUUAUUCCUCGAAGCAAAAUGCAAAAGCAGUGAGUUAAAAACAAAGAACUUGAAUGAAUUUGUAGUUCAUCUACCGUUCAUGUCUUUUAAUGCUGCCUGACAUCAUUUUAAUCAAAUUAAAGUUCACUUUACUUUCAUUUGUCAUGCA